GUAGGAGAAGACAAAGAGCACAUCGUCCUCGUUCUCCAAUAUUGGAAGAAAAGGAUAUCCCACCCUUGGAGUUUCCUAAAUCCUCAGAGGACUUAAUGGUGCCUAGUGAGCAUAUAAUGAAUGUUAUUGCCAUCUAUGAGGUACUAAGGAACUUUGGCACUGUUUUACGCCUCUCUCCUUUUCGUUUUGAGGACUUCUGUGCUGCUCUGGUAAGUCAAGAGCAGUGCACACUUAUGGCAGAGAUGCAUAUAGUGCUUUUAAAAGCAGUUUUACGUGAAGAAGACACUUCAAAUACUACCUUUGGACCUGCUGACCUCAAAGAUAGCGUUAAUUCCACUUUGUAUUUCAUAGAUGGGAUGACGUGGCCAGAGGUUCUGCGGGUUUAUUGUGAGAGUGACAAGGAAUACCAUCAUGUUCUUCCUUACCAAGAGACAGAGGACUAUCCUUAUGGACCAGUAGAGAAUAAAAUCAAAGUCCUGCAGUUCUUAGUGGAUCAGUUUCUUACAACAAACAUUGCACGUGAGGAGUUAAUGUCAGAAGGUGUCAUUCAGUAUGAUGAUCAUUGUAGGGUUUGUCACAAACUUGGGGAUUUGCUUUGCUGUGAAACUUGCUCAGCCGUGUACCAUUUGGAGUGUGUGAAACCACCUCUUGAAGAGGUCCCAGAAGACGAGUGGCAGUGUGAGGUCUGUGUAGCACAUAAGGUGCCUGGAGUGACUGACUGUGUUGCUGAAAUCCAAAAAAAUAAACCCUACAUCCGACACGAACCCAUCGGAUACGACAGGCAUAGGAGAAAAUACUGGUUCCUGAACAGGAGAAUCAUCAUAGAGGAAGAUUCCGAAAGUGAGAAAGAUAAGAAAAUCUGGUACUAUAGCACAAAGAUCCAGCUGGCAGAGCUAAUUGAGUGCCUGGACAAGGAUUACUGGGAAGCUGACCUAUGCAAAACCCUGGAUGAGAUGCGUGAGGAGGUCCAUCGGCACAUGGAUGUGACAGAAGACCUUACCAACAAAGCAAGGGGCAACAACAAGUCUUUCCUUUCUGCAGCAAAUGAUGAAAUUUUGGACAUUAUCAGAGCAAGAAAAGGAGAAAUUGUGGAAGAUAAAGCCACAGGAGAUGAUGAAGCAGAGAAGGCCAGAAGUGAUGUUGAUAAUGACCAGACAGAUGCUGAGAGGGGAAGGGAAGAACCUGGAGACCAGGAUAAAAUUGAGGAAACACCCAAUGAACAAGAUGUGGAAAAAGAGAAAAUAGAAGAGGCAACAGUCGUUGGGGAUAAAAGUAACUCUGUGACACCAAGCACUGAUGACAACAACACAAAUCCUUCUGCAGGAGGCACUAGUUGCUCUGAAGGGAAGGACUCGGUGGGGUGUCAGGCAGAAACCCUUGAGAGCAACAACGAGGCAGAGAAGAAGGUGACAGCAGAGCUCCCUCAGGAACUCUCAGAAGAAACUGGUCAGAUGAUCUCCAGCAACAGCAGCAGUGGAUGUGCUGCCCCUCCACAGGCAGAUGUGGAGAACAGCAGUGGGAGUGAGAUGGGCUCUGGGCACAAUGACUCCAUUAGGACUUUUGAUGAUGCUGAAAAUGCAGAGAGAGGAUCCCACACUUCAGAUGACACAGGAGAGAAAUCCAACGGGGAGAGAAGUGAUUCUCCAGGUGGGGGGAGAGGUGCUGCAGGCUCCACGCGGAUGCUCACCAGACUGCGGAACCCAGACAGCAAACUGAGCCAGCUGAAAAGCCAGCAGCAGGUCACUGCUGCACCAAGUGACACAAAUAAGGUGUACAAAGAAAGCAGAGAGGUUCUGGUGGUGAACUCUCAAGGAGAAGUGUCCCGGCUGACCCCCAAGAAGGAUGUUGUGAUAAAAGCAAAUAUCAACAAUUACUUCAAACUGGGGCAGGAGGGGAAGUAUCGUGUUUAUCACAAUCAAUAUGCCACUAAUUCCUUCGCCCUGAACAAGCACCAGCACAGGGAGGACCACGACAAGAGACGACACCUCUCACACAAGUUCUGCCUGACUCCAGCUGGAGAGUUCAAAUGGAAUGGGUCUGUGCAUGGCUCCAAGGUGCUGACCAUCUCCACCUUGAGGCUGACUAUUAUCCAGCUGGAAAACAAUAUCCCAGCAUCCUUCCUUCACCCCAACUGGGCUUCCCACAGGUCUAACUGGAUCAAGGCUGUUCAGAUGUGCAGCAAACCCAGAGAAUUUGCACUAGCACUGGCUAUAUUGGAGUGUGCAAUUAAACCAGUUGUCAUGCUGCCCAUCUGGAGAGAAUCCCUGGGACACACCAGGUUACGCAGGAUGACAGCAUUAGAGAGAGAAGAAAAGGAGAAGGUGAAAAAAAAAGAGAGAAAGCAAGAAGAAGAAGAAACAAUGCAGCAAGCCACAUGGGUGAAAUACACAUUUCCUGUCAAACAUCAGGUUUGGAAGCAAAAAGGAGAGGAAUACAGAGUGACAGGAUAUGGGGGCUGGAGCUGGAUCAGUAAAACACAUGUCCACAGGUUUAUGCCCAAACUGCCAGGAAAUACUAAUGCAAAUUACAGAAAAUUGCUACCAACAAAGAGUGAAGAUGAGAAAUGCAACUUGGAUAAACGAAAAGGUCCAGCUAAGGUCAAAACAGAGAAAGAAAGAGCAAAAGAUUCUCGUGAUCUGCAAGCAAAAGACAAAGAUGUUUCAGAGACCUUGGAGAAAGUACAAGUGAAAGAAGAGAAGUUACGUGAAGAGAAAGAAGUUGAUACAAUUUCUGAAAACUUAGAUCAUGCAAAAGACACAGUGGAAAAAGAAAUCUAUGGGGAAAACAAUAAAGUCAUCAAGGAAGAACCUAUGGAUGUAGAUGAUGUGAAAAUUGAAUCCUCCAUGAAGGAUGAGGACAGUCAGUGUAACCUGGAUAUAAUCAAUGUCAGCGAGGGGUUUCACUUAAGGACUUGCUACAAAAGGAAAGUCAAAUCAUCCAAGCUGGAUGGACUCCUCGAGCGGCGGAUCAAGCAGUUCACACUGGAGGAGAAACAGCGCCUGGAGAAGAUGAAGCUGGAGGCUGGUGCUAAAAGUGUGGGAAUACAGUCUGUGAGCCCCCAGAAAAACUCUGAGGAGCUGCAAAUGAGGAAGGAAAGAGAAGGAAGCCAGUUGGACAUUCCUUCCCAAGAGCAAACCUGUGUUUCGGAGAAGACCCAGCCCGAGGAUGCGGAACAGGACUGUGUGCCCAUCGGCAGCAUCUCCUGCACCAAACCUGCAGAGGAAGAGGAAUCCUCUCUGCCCCCCAGGCUGUCAAAAGGAGAAGGGCAGCUGCUGGAUGAAGGCUCACCUCAGUCUUCUGGAGGAGAAAGCUCUGUUCAGAAUGAUGGCAAAGAAAACAACCCAGAACCUACAACUGCUGAGAGGUGUGAAGGGCAAGAGGCUCCUGGGGAGUCUGAGAGUUCUUUUGUGGAUGACUUGAAAGGAAGCAAUGCAGAAGGCAGAAGCAACUGGGAUGUCUCAGAGACAAAUGAAAAAUCUUUGAGACAAAAACUACCUGUUAGCAGAGUAUCUCAGCGGGAGCUUGAGAACUUGGGGCCCAUGGUAACUGAAAGCAGCUGCAGAAGAGAUGCUGUGGCCUCUCUUGAAAAAACAGAUUCAGAAGGGAAUUCUGAGCAGCAGAGCAAAGAUCCAGAAAACAACUGUAUGAUAAAAAGCCAUAUGGAAACAACAUCCUCUCAAGAAAGUGAAAUGGAGGAAGAGAUUGCUUCCAUAAAGACUGAAAGUAAAACUGAAAAGAAGAUUGUAUUGCACAAGAAAUCACCUAUUAAAGAUCUAGAGUCAUUUAAAACAGGUCUGAUUUCUGAAAGAAACCUGGAGAGUCAAACUCUGGAACACAUGGAUGGGGUAGAUGUCAGUGAGGAUUUGCUGAGGUCUAAACUAACUGAGGCUAAUGGUCAGAAGAAAAGUCAGGAACUGAAAGUGGAAACAAGUACCCUAAACAAGUAUCUUGAUCAGACAAAUGUAAAUACUGGUACUGACAAAAAGAAUAGUAAAGAUGAAGAAACUGAGACAGAAAAAGAAAAAUCAUCAUUUCAAGUGAAUGGAAAAGACAAUGACAUUAAAGUGAUAUCAAAUGAUGAGUGCUCAGUUAGAGAGACCUGUGAGGCUAAGGCAGGGGGUGAUAUUGAACCAAAAGUAAAUAACAUUAAUAAAUCCAUUCCGGAAUAUGAAAUAAAACCAUUGACUUUUAAGGAAUCUUCAGUAAAACCCUUCAUGAAUGGUGACAUCAUGGUAGAGGACACAAAGGACAAAAAUGAUGUUGACUCUCAGUCAUGUCUGCAGAGCUCACCCGAGUGUGAGUCUGGAGAGAGCCUUCAGCCACCUGAUGAAGUUCCCAAGUGUGUGCAGAAAGCUGAGGAAAAAGAGCUUUCUCCUGAGAGAUCUGCCUCUGUUGGCUCUGCUUCCCCACCAGCACAGCCUGUCUGUAAGGAAAACAACCUGAGCAGUGAGACAGAAUCCAUGGAAACUGAGGGCAUGGAGGAGAAGAAAGUUGCUCCAUCGCCUGUAACCUCGUGUGAGGAGUCCAGCUUGAGUAGUCCCUUCGAUCAGAAUGGUGUACAGACAUACAAAAUGGAAAAUAUCAAUGGGGAAAGUAAAAUAAAAACUGUUAUCACUGAAGUGACUACCACAACCUCAACUGUGUCUACAGAAUCCAAGACAGUGUUUAAAGUGGCAGAGACUGUGGCUUCCAGUGAUGAGACAACCACAGUGGUUUCAUCUACAGAAAACUGUGCCAUAUCCACUGUAACCACCACCACCACUGUAACCAAACUCUCCACUCCAGCCACAGACAGCAGCAGUGAUGUCAUUUCUGUGCAGGAGCACAGUAAGACUGUGGUUACCACCACAGUGACCGACUCGCUGACCACCCCAGAGGGCACACUGGUCACUUCCAUGACUGUCAGCAAAGAGUAUUCCACCAAGGACAAAGUGAAGUUAAUGAAAUUUACCAGACCUAAAAAAACUCGUUCUGGCACUGCCUUACCAUCUUACAGAAAGUUUGUUACCAAAAGCAGUAAAAAAAGCAUAUUUGUGUUGCCCAAUGAUGACUUGAAAAAGCUGGCCAGGAGAGGGGGGAUCAGGGAGGUGCCCUAUUUCAACUACAAUGCAAAGCCUGCCUUGGAUAUCUGGCCAUAUCCAUCCCCAAGACCAACUUUUGGCAUCACUUGGAGGUAUCGACUUCAGACGGUGAAAUCCUUGGCUGGAGUGAGCCUGAUGCUGCGGCUGCUGUGGGCUUGUCUCAAGUGGGAUGAUAUGGCAGCGAAAGCUCCACCUGGGGGAGGAACCACAAGGACAGAAACAACUGAAACUGAGAUUACGACGACAGAAAUCAUCAAGCGCAGAGAUGUUGGUCCCUAUGGAAUCCGCUCAGAGUACUGUAUAAGAAAAAUUAUUUGUCCCAUUGGUGUACCAGAGGCUCCAAAAGAAACCCCAACACCCCAGAGGAAGGGACUGCGAUCGAGUGCUCUGAGGCCCAAAAGGCCAGAAACUCCCAAGCAAACAGGCCCUGUUAUACUGGAAACUUGGGUAGCAGAGGAGGAAUUGGAACUGUGGGAGAUCAGGGCAUUUGCUGAAAGGGUGGAGAAGGAAAAGGCACAGGCAGUUGAACAACAGGCUAAGGUUAGUGAACUGAAGAAGGCAGAGGAGUUCAAGGCCCAAUUGGAGGCUCAGCUAAAACACCAACGUUUGGCUGCCCAGCAGAAACGUCUGGAACAGCAGAAGCAGUUACCUGUGGCAGGUGUGGUCCCUGCUGUCACCUCAGCCAGCAGCACUGCAACCACUGUCUCCACACCCCAGAAAGUCGUGGUGGGGCCUUUAGCAGGCCCAGUGCCCACGGGAACCAAAGUAGUCCUUACUACUAAAGUGGGUUCUCCAGCUACAGUAACAUUCCAACAGAACAAGAAUUUCCAUCAGACUUUUGCUACUUGGGUUAAACAAGGCCAAUCCUCAACAGCCACUAGCACAGCUGCCACUUCAGCCACAAGCAUUGCCAGCACAGGGCAGACCUUCCAGCUCUCAGGCAGCCCAGUAACGAUGGCAGGGAAAGUGAUAACUAAGCUGCCACUCCCUGCAAACAGCAAGAUUGUUGCCGUCAAUGUGCCAUCAACUCAAGGAGGUGUGGUUCAAGUUCAGCAAAAGGUAUUGGGUAUCAUUCCAUCAACUACAGGUGCAAGUCAAACCUUUACUUCAUUCCAGCCAAGGACAGCAACUGUAACCAUUAGGCCAAAUACCACAGGGACGUUAGGAACAACAAGCACUUCACAAGUGGUGCAGGGCACUCCGCUGCGGCCCGGGAUGACGGUGAUCCGGACACCGCUCCAGCAGUCAGCACUUGGCAAGGCCAUCAUCAGAACACCUGUGGUGGUGCAGCAAGGUAUUCUCCCAGCCAGUCAGACCCAGCAAGUGGUGACUCAAAUAAUCAGAGGUCAGCCUGUCUCAACUGCAGUUUCUAGCACCAGCACAGCUUCUUCCAGUGCUGGGCAGAAGACUGUCAGCAGCUCUGGAACUCCACCUCAAGCAGUGCAGCCCCAAACCCCAGCACAGCCCCCUCGCCCCCAGCAGGGACAGGUGAAGCUGACCAUGGCCCAGCUCACACAGCUGACACAAGGACAGGGUGGCAGUCAAGGCUUAACUGUGGUCAUUCAGGGACAAGGUCAAACUACUGGUCAGUUACAAUUAAUCCCUCAGGGUGUGACUGUAAUACCUGGCCCAGGACAGCAGCUAAUGCAAGCAGCUAUGCCAAAUGGUACAAUCCAGAGAUUCCUGUUCACUCCACUGCCAGCAGCUGCUACCACAACUAGCACAACUACAACCACCGUUUCUACUUCGACCUCAG